AUGCCUUCGUCCAUCACCAAGGAGGAGUUUGACUCCGCGCGCACGUCGACCUCGUCUGGUCCCGUCAGAGACAACGCCACAGCCGAAGCCGCCAUCCCCGCCCCGGACCCAGCUCCCGCCCAGCGUCGCUCAGAUCCCUGCUACUACGACGCCGCCGCCCGCGAGAUCAACGGCGUCCCGACCGUCCCCUAUUACAUUGUCGCCCGCGUCAUCAAUGUCAUCGUGCCCCUUGUCCUGCUCGCCCUCUCCCUCGUCGCCGAGAUCCACUAUGACCGCGGCAAGUGGCUCAACCCGAUGCUGACGCCCGGCUUUACCGUCUGGGGCGUCUCCCUGUUCGACCUGUACCUCAUCGUCUUCCGCGGUCGGCGCCACCACCCGCACCUGCGCAUCAUGUACGACGGCAUCGUGCUGGGCGCGGGUACCGCCGUGGCCAGCGGGUUCUUGACGGCCUGGGCCAUCAACGAGUCGCCCCAGCUGACCUACGGCUUGUCGGUGCCGAUCCUCGUCGGCAUGUACACGCUGAUGCUGAUGGAGUUUGGCAUUGGCAUUGAGGGUAUGGUGCAGCUCAUCAAGAUGCGCCGCGGAACGUGGCACUAUGUGUAA